AGAAGGGGGGGUCGGAGGCAGUGGUGGCCGCUGCCUCUGCUCUCGCCGCUGCGGCGCUCCGCUCCCGCUCCGCCGGGCUCGGAGCUCCAGCUCGCUCCUCUCGGUGCCUCGAGCCCGCGCCCCCCGGCUCCCCGGGGCCUCGCUCCCCGCCCCCCGCGGUAUGUCGUGAUCCCGAGCAGCGGCGGCGGCGGCGGGUUUCAUGGGGCUCCUCAGGAUUAUGAUGCCGCCCAAGUUGCAGCUGCUGGCGGUGGUGGCCUUCGCCGUGGCGAUGCUCUUUCUGGAGAACCAGAUCCAGAAGCUGGAGGAGUCCCGCUCCAAGCUAGAAAGGGCUAUUGCAAGACAUGAGGUGCGCGAAAUCGAACAGAGGCAUACGAUGGAUGGUCCUCGGCCGGAUGCAGCCCUGGAUGAGGAGGAAGACAUGGUGAUCAUUUAUAACAGAGUCCCUAAAACUGCAAGCACUUCAUUUACCAACAUUGCCUAUGACCUGUGUGCAAAGAAUAAGUACCACGUCCUCCACAUUAACACCACCAAAAAUAAUCCAGUGAUGUCUCUGCAAGAUCAGGUGCGCUUUGUGAAGAACAUAACUUCCUGGAAAGAAAUGAAACCAGGGUUUUAUCACGGACAUGUAUCUUACUUGGAUUUUGCAAAGUUUGGUGUUAAAAAGAAGCCAAUUUACAUUAACGUCAUAAGAGAUCCCAUAGAAAGGCUGGUUUCUUACUAUUACUUCCUACGAUUUGGAGAUGAUUACAGACCAGGCUUACGGAGAAGAAAACAAGGAGACAAAAAGACUUUUGACGAAUGUGUGGCCGAGGGAGGCUCAGACUGUGCUCCAGAAAAACUCUGGCUUCAAAUCCCCUUCUUCUGUGGCCACAGCUCGGAAUGCUGGAAUGUGGGCAGCAGAUGGGCCAUGGAUCAAGCCAAAUAUAAUCUGAUUAACGAAUACUUUUUAGUGGGAGUCACUGAAGAGCUCGAAGACUUUAUCAUGCUACUGGAGGCAGCCCUGCCCCGUUUCUUCAGAGGGGCCACAGAACUCUAUCGGACAGUAGGAAAGAAAUCUCAUCUUAGGAAAACCACAGAGAAGAAGCUCCCCACCAAACAAACCAUUGCAAAGUUGCAACAGUCUGACAUCUGGAAAAUGGAGAAUGAGUUCUAUGAAUUUGCAUUGGAGCAAUUCCAGUUCAUCCGAGCCCAUGCUGUUCGGGAAAAAGAUGGGGACUUGUAUAUUCUUUCACAGAACUUUUUCUAUGAAAAAAUUUACCCCAAAUCGAACUAAGAACACCACGUUCCUACUAGAUCCAUGGACUCAGAGUUUGACCACAUCUCCUCCUUGGUUCUCAGCUCCAAGAUCCAGAUUGCUGGCAAGCCUGUGAGAUGAUUGACUGUUGAGCUGAGAUUUGGGCUGAGAAGGACAUCAAGCAAGCAAGCAAGUGGACAACGCAUGGAAAUAUCAGCCUUCCGAGAAGCGUAAGCUUCAGUCUUUCCUUCAGCCCAGGCUUUGGGUUGGGUUAAUAGCCUCUUGUCUAAAGAAAACUACACAUUUGUUUACCAAAAUUCACACGCAGCACAGCUCUAGUCGAUGAUGAGAUUUCGGAGAAGCAUCCUCUCCUCUGUUUUUGAUUUUCAGAGCAGCUGUCUUUACCCAAGACAUCCAUAAAGAAGAAACCAUCUGUCUCCUUCACCUUCCCAUGGAGAUUCGAGCUCUAUGGUCUUUGUUGAAUAGUGUUAACGACUGGUUGGCCUCUCCUACUUUGUUAUUGUGAAUACCGUCAACUUAGAAUGUCCAAUAAUGUUUGCUGAGAAAUGUGGUGCUGCUGUUGGAUUUGCCCAUAUUUAUAUAGGUUUUAAUAAAAAGAGAAUAUCCAGUUGUGAGUGUUAAGAAGGAAUUAAACCCAAUAAUGUAAACAGAUAGAAAAAUCAAAGCAGUAUUUCUCCCCCUACCCCCCACUUCCUUACCAACUGUGGUUUGGAAAAUCAUCAAAGAAAGAUGUUGUUUUAGUUCAGACUUAACACAUUGAUGUUAAAAGUGACUUCAUUAUCUAUUCCUUCCAAAAUGAUUUGUAAUGGAUAUAUUGAUGAUUCCAUAUUAUAACUCCAUUGGUGAGCUGUGGUAUGGUUGGGAUUUUCCUACUACUUCUAUACUUUUACCUGUAGAAUAUUUUUACUAAGGUGCUUUUUAAUGUGUUUUAAAGCAUUGCAUUUACAAAGGACUCAAAUGCUGUAAAUAUUGCAUAUUUUAUGUAUUUGGACCAAAAGGCUAUAAGUAUCUAGUUUAAAGUGGUUUUGCACCAAUUUUGUUAUGUCGAGUGAAAUCACCCCAUCUGCUGUUCUGUUUCUCAUUCGGGUCAACUAACGGCUGGACAUUACUGAAAUGCACUUCAACAAUUUUGAAUGUUAAUACAGAAAGCACCAGGCAGGCCAGGUGGAAGCAGAAGGUCAUAGUGGAAAAAGCCCUGGACUCGAGUCAGGAGACAUGGGUUAUGAUCCUGGCUCCAAAAAUACUGACUGUGUGACUAGAAGGCAAGUCACUUAGCUCUGGGGCCUCCAUUUUCUCAUCCAUAAAAUGUGGAUAAUAAUAUCUUCCCUACUUACCUCAUAGGGCUGUCAUAAGAAUCCAGCAAAAUUGGUGAGAACGCUUUGGAACUAGUAAAGCAUUGUGAAACCAUAAGUCAUUAUAAAAGUUAUUUUAAGAAACCAACAUUUGUAACAUGAAAUAUUUUACCAUUCAUCCUCCAUUGCAUGGGGGGAAAGAGGGAGAAGAUUCCACCUGUAAGUUGUUUGGAAAAAAUACACCGAACUCGAUCCCGAUUCAUGUUGGAUAGAAUUCUUCUCUCAGCGUCAUGUUUUGGCAGCUACUGAAAUGUGAAAUCACCUGGUGAACUUAUAAACCUAUUAAGAUUCACAAACAGCUGUUUGGAUUCCGGAGGUACCCAGAAAUAUGAUUAGCUGAUUGUGGGAGAGGCAGGGGGAAUAGAACAAACUUUGUCACCCAGAAUGUGAAAGAUUUCCCAGUUUUCAUUGUACAGUCAUAAUCAAUGCAUAUUUUUCUAUUUACCAUUUCUAAAAUAUGUAUUGCUGAGUUUAACUUUCCCGUUCCCCUUUCGCUCUUUCCCCGGCUUAGAAAAGGAACCUUCUGAUAAAAUUUUAAGUAAACAUGGCCAAGGAAUGCCUCACUCCAUCAUAUGAAAGCAUUUUGAAUGUCGCCCUAAAGAAUAUUUUUACCUGUCAAAAAAAGGGCCCUGGGAUCAGGACGACACUUCUAAGAUAUUUGAAGAAAAAUGCAAGAGGGAUAUUGAAAAGAAACACUUAAAAAAUCCGAAUCACAUCUGAAUGCUGAGAAGACCUUGCUGGGUACCUGGCGUUUUUUGACUAAUCUCAUCUUCCAUUUAUUUAUUGGAAUAAAUUGUUUAUUUGGUAACAGACCAAAAAAAAUAGUGCCCCCCCAAAAAACCCCUCACUUCUAAAUAGGAGCAGAUCUCAGGUGGAUCUGCCAUAAAGUUGACAUCAAUGUGAGCUUACAGCUUUUGGCUGGGCAGCUCAUGACCUGAAUGCAAGCUGAGGACUUGCAGGGGAAGCUUUUUCCUAUAAAUAUGGCCCCCCGAGGGCACUGGAAACAUCAUUAUGAACUUCUGUGGCCUCAGAGAGUUUAUUUCCUACUCUCAAGAGCCCCUAAUUCCCAUCUAAGGGGCAAUGUAGGACCCAAAAGGUUUCCACCAGCCUGACAAAUUUUGAUGAUUGGGUACAUCCAAGUAAGUUUUUUUCCUUUCCCUGAUCUAAUACACAGUUUCAAAGUGGUGACAUUGACAGCAUCAUAUGUCUGGGGUGACUUAGGCGUGGUCCUGCCAGGUGUUGGGGGAGUGGACCCAGUGACAUCUCAUGGUCCAAGCCAGCCCAUUUCUGCAAAUGCUGCAGAUUCUUUAUGAUUCCAAAGCAGGGGACCGAGAUUUGUAAUAAAUUCGUACCCUCAACUGCUGAAACAAUAAUGUAUUUUUUUAAAGUGGCAAAUGUGGGUUUUUUCCAGCCUCUGCUCUUUGUCAGUAUUUUUGACCAUAGGGAAAUACUUUUUUUAAUAUAUAAAAAUGAAUUAACCACUUUGCAUUUUAAAAGACAAUGUUAUAUGUUACAUGUAUAUGUGUGUAUAUAUAUAUCUAUAUACAUAUAUAUAUAUAUGUUUAUUUCCUAGGAGAGGAAAAGAUACCUUUUUGUUCAAAUUGUUUUAACUUCUAUUUUCUAAUUGCUCCAAAAAUGAUACCCAUUAAUAAAUUUAUGUGACUGUUUUCAACUCUAAUGGGGAGUUAUAUGGAUUUUGCCUAGCUUUAAUGUGUAAAAUAUCCCUUUACCUGAUAGUAAAAAUAAAAGAAAAUGAACAGGGAAUUACUUUUCUAUCACCUGUAUGUAUUAAUACAAUUUGCAAAAUUUUGGAUGCCUCAGAACUCUGAGUAAUCAGAUUUAAUCUAAUGAAAAAAAAUUAGAGUAUUUUAAAGAGGAUCAGCUUUAUACAUUUUAGUUGUUUUCUUUUCAUUUUUUUUUUUCAGUCUUGUCAUUUGAAAUCCAUAAUUGCUUUGUCACAUAAAUGACAUUGACAAAAUCACUAAACUUGUUAGUAUUUUUUUGGUGAUAAACCGCAUUUUUACAUUGCAGAUGAUUUUUUCUUUGCAUAAUUAGGAAGAACUCUGUUCUGUAGACAGUAGCAUUCUCUCUAUUGCUCUAUUGAACUCUGUCUCCCUCUUUUUUGCCAAAUAGCUUUAGACGUGAGAGAAAUUGAAUAAAUAAUGUAUUCCUGUUAUUUGAACUUACAAUCAAACUUUGCAUUAAUGAAAUUUCUAAGACUUGGCUAGAUUUCAUCAUUUAAUGUUUUCAGGAUGAAGAUUCUGUGGGCUUCCAAUCCACAGCUUGUGGGAAGCAUCUCAUAGGCCCAUUUCUUGAGGCUCACCCUUGAGAAGUUAAGAUGUCCCUAUUUUAUGUUAUAAAAGUUUGCCCCUGCAGUCAGUAGUCUCUGUCAGGACAUGGGGCACUUGCUAGGAUUGUGGGGUUUUUUGCAUUCAUUUCCUUGGUAUUAAUAAAUGGUUUGUGUGAUGCUGACUACGAUAAAGCUCACACGGUCUGCAGAAAUGGCCUGUUUCCAAUGCACUGCCAACUUAGCUCCUCCAGAGGGGAGCCCGCGAUACUGCCCAGCGGCGUGGAGAGAUGCUGACGAGGGCCCGCGGGCCCGACGGGUGCAGCACGUUUGUAAAACGGGUCCUCUUGAUCAAGAGGCCUGUUGGGAACAUCAAUCACAGGCCUGUUACCUGGGCCUCAGAGCUGCCUCCCUGGUUUCUUGGUACUAUUCCCCUGCCUUUCGUGGUGAGUCGGGUGAGGGAGCGACUUUUUAGCAGCAUCGAAUGUAACUUUGAGAAACAUGGAUUGUGCUUCAUGACUUUUAUUUUAAAACUACACGGAAGCUGAAUAGUGCCUUUUUUCCUCACAAUCCAUGUUGUAAGAUGCCCUCUCCCCUCUCUGUCUCCCCCUUUCUCACUCCCUUGUUCCCUCCCUCACCAUGGAUUCAUUUGUGCAAUACGAUUCCAACUCAAAACCAUUCUGUUGCAUCUGUUGGAAAGAUAAUCACUUGUUCUCUUUAACCUGCUGCCAGCUUUCUGUUGUUGAAGUGUUUCAGUUGAUUUCCUGAUGCAAAUGCUAUUAAAAUAAACAAUCAGUGGGAAGGGAAAA